GAUGUUCAUGUUUUGUGAAUUUUCCAAUUCCCAUUGAAUCUGGAAUUACACCACAAUGGUUUAUUCCUUUGAAAACGUAGUUUGUUCUUCGCUGUCCAAUAAUAAAUCUGUGGUGGCUCUCGAAAAUACUUUGCAUCAAAGUAUAAAUCAUUUUAAAGAACUAGUUAUAGAAUUUGAUCAACUGCAACUAGAAUCAGAUGACUACAAAACCCAAGUAUUGACACUAAAACAAAAAUGUGAAAGUAAACUCUGUGUUGGCUCUGAGGCCUUGAAAAAGGUUAUAGAACUAAAGGACAAUAUUAUACAAUCUGUUGCAUCAGCACUAACAAGACUAAAUGAAACAAAAGACAUGAGCAUCAUAGAUGAAGCAUUCAAAAUACUCUGUGGUGAAACAGCCUCACUCACCCCACCCAAGGACAGUCCAGAUGUUCAACCAAAAACCCCCAAGAAAGAAUCACCAUCCUACACAGAAGCUGUUAAUGAUGAAUCAGUGUCUGAGAUAGAAGGGACUCCAACUGGUAGAACUAGCCCUAUUAUUGUGUCUAGGAAGGCAAGACAAGCAUCAGAUUAUAGGGAGAAGAAGAAAUGUCCAGAUAAUUGGCCUACACCAAAUACCAAAUCUUUGAAACUGACAUAUCCCAACUGCACACCAACCAGCAAGAGCAAGGGCAAAGGCAAGCUACGGCAGACUCGGUUCACAACGGUUAAACAAACUUCUGCGCUGGAUAUUUCUAGCUCACCUGAGUCUGCUGGCUUAAGAGGCAGUAAAGAUAUUAAGAGCAUGCAGUUAAACAUUAAGAGAGAAUCAUAUGACGAUGAAGACACAAUAGAGCCUUCACCGACCAGUGCCACAUCAAACUUUUCAUCCAUAUACAAAUCUGCAGUUAGAGGCAGCCCUUUGAAAUUAAACAAAAACAGUCCACACAAGUCAAAGGGUAGCCCAUUGAAAUUAAGCUUAGUAAAAAAACCUCAUUCUAAUAUGUCAAAACUACAGGUCAGGACUGUAGACUCAAUUAAUGUAGAAAAUGUGGAGAACAAAUCGGAGAAUUCAGACAUCAAAAUCAAGAUGGAAGAAUCUAUCAAUCUGCUAAGGCCUUCACGAUUUCGCACACCAGAGAGAUCACCGGCAAAGUUGAAGGAUCCAGAUGAAACGGAAUGCAACAUCGAUGCCAGCAUGUCGCUGUUUCAGCAUGUACAAAAACUGGAAAAAAUGUCACCAGAUCACAAAAACAUGUGCAGCCCCACCAAACGCCCCCUAGCGGAGAACAUCAACGUAACCAACCUCGAAACGCAAUGCGACACGGAAGCAAGCGUCUCACUCCUCAACCCCAACCAUUUCGUAGACAAGAAAGAUCCAGAAACUCCGAGCAAAAAUCCUGCGUUAGUGAGAAAUCCGGUUGCAGAAAGUAUUAUAAAGAAAGAUUUAGAGAAAUUGGGGCCUAAGAGAGAGAGUGAGAAAGCAGAUGUGAUGUUUAAGGAGCCUACUGUUAGGAGGAAAGCGGAAAAGAGAGCUUUGCCUGGAUGGAGUUGUGAUGAGUGUAAAAACUUCUACGCCGAGCUGUACAAGAACGACCCAGUAAUGCUAGCCAAGAAGAUGGACGAGUGUUCCAAGCACCGCGGGCGCCAGAACCCCGCGCGGCCCAAAACCCCGCCGGGGUUCUGGAACCCCAGGUGGGACGUGCCCGAAGACACUGAGGAGUUCAACAGGAGGAACAACGCUGUUUGAUCUACCUACUUAAAGUACAUAACUUUUCCUUUUUAUCCAAAAUAAUGGAUAAUCCAACUCAAGAUACUAACAAGACAGUUCUAUAGACUAAUUUUAAAGUCAGACAAAAUGGCAAUGAUAGUGCGGUAGUUCCACCACAUACAUAAAUAUCCUAUAAAAAAUAAGUCUUUCUCUUCAACAUUUUACACAUUGAUGCACAGUAAUCUAACUACAUAAUAUAGAGAAGAUAGACUAGUGUUCCAAGCACCGCGGAGGACAGAACUCCGCGCGGCGCAAAACACCGCCGAGGUUCUGAACCCCAGUGGCCCGUUUCUCGAAAGGUACAAGCCUUGUAUUACAAGUGUGUUUCCAUGACAACCCAUACGAUUUGACAGUUCGCGCACUUGUAAUACAAGGCUUGUACCUUUCGAGAAACGGGCUCCAGGUGGGACGUGCCCGAAGACACUGUGGAGUUCAACAGGAGGAACAACGCCGCUGUUUGAUAGACUACUAGCGUUUCAGCAUCUUUAAUACUAAGUAAUAACACUUUCAGGAUGGUGUUAUUUAACAUAUUGGUGAAAAACUUGUGACUUUAGUGAUAAGUGCCGUAGGCGCCAGAACUCCGCGCGGCGCAAAACCCCGCCUGGGUUCUGGAACCCCAGGUGGGAUGUGUCUAAAACCACUGGGGAGUUCAACUGGAGGAACAACGCUGUUUGACCAACCUAACCUCUUCUUUUUAUCCAAGAUACUAUACCGGGUGGGGCCUGUAACAAAAGCAAAAAAUUGAAACUUUGGUCAGUUUAAGCAGUAUAGCCUAAAGCAUGCUUGUAUGAGUUAGAUAUGACGACGGGUCGACUGUUCACGUUUUCGACAGGCGGUAACUGUAAGGUAACCGAGAGGGGGUGGGCGGCAUUUUCAGCGGGGAGCGGGAAUGGCCAUACUGUACGAUAGUACUCUUUAUUAUACUGUGCUUAAAGUUUAAUUUUUUGCUUACAGGUCCCACCCUGUAUACUUAGUGACAGUUUGUUAGGCCAACUCACUGCCCAGUCUUCCAAUAUUCAAAUUGGUUUACAAGGAAAACUACAUACCUAAUUCUGUUUGGUAGACUAAUAGUAGGAAUAACACUUUUACAGAGAUAGUAGGUACAGUCGAGUUUAUAAAUAUGUGUACAUUUUUUUACCUUAUUGCAACGAGUUAAGGUGAAGAAAUGUACACUAUUUAUAAAGCCGACUGUACUGAAGAGAACAUUUUUUUAAAGAAACAAAGCAAAGAUUAUAUUUAUAAAAUAAAAUACUUAUAAGUUUUUAAAAACCAUUACAGCCAUUAUCGUGGCCAGCCUCGUGAUCGUGGUUUAUUUGUAGGCCCAGUAUCGCGAACCGUGUCUCACAGAAAAUCCCCUCUUGUUCGCCCUUUGCCCCUCCUGAAUGCUCUCUUAGCAUCAGCACCUGAGUGCGAUUUAUUUGCUGGCAGAUGGAGUGCUGUGCGCGAUGAAUUAUUGAGGUUCUUCGAGAGGAUGGAUGUACGUCUUUCAACAGUUUAUCAUGUAUAAAAAAUGUUUUGUACCUACUUGUUUUUAGUUUUGCAGUGAUUUAGUAUUUAAUACUGUCAUGCUGUAUCACUAUUUUUUGAAAUAAAUAAAUAAAUAAAUUAUACGGGAAGUGAUAUUUGUAAGUCAAGUUUUUAAGUAAAUUACUAUACUAUUAUUUUUUAUUUAAUUUAUCAUAACCUCGCCCGCUCACAUUAUUCAACCUGUACAGUAGAGUCGCCAUCAGAUAUAGCCGGUAUAGGUAUCGAAAUAGCUGAGGUGCUUAACAUAUCUGAAGAGAUACACUUAACGCCUUGACAAUAGAAAUAGAGGUGUUUUCUCGGUUUUCUGAUAUGUGUGAGCGCCUUGACCGCUCCGAUAUACACGGUGAAAUAAAAAGAAUCGUUCAAACUUUGCAUUUAUUAUGGAACCAAUGCUGAAAUCGCAAAAAAAUUGGCAAUUUCAUACAUUUCGACUGUCAUGAUGUCGCUCAUUUCUAUGGAAUAGCGAACAGCCACAUUUUUGUUCGCGAUUUCAGCAUUGGUCCUAUAUUAAAAGUUGUUCAUUAUGACCUCAAAAGUGAGGUGACAAUGGACAACUUUUCACCCUGUAUUUGAUAGCGACUGUACCUAAUACUACCUACUGAAUAAAGGAUACAGAAGUUUGACAAAAUAUUAUAAUUGAUGACUGAAUAUUUUUGUAGAAACAAUGUUGUACCUAAUAAUUGUUAAUUAAUAGUUUAUUUUUUAGGUCUAGUUAUAUUAUUGUAGGUAUUUUAAGUUUUAAAGAAAAUAAAUCUUAAUGAAAAGCAA